AGGCGGUAUUUCCCUACCAGCAGCCAACGCCGGGGAGUGGGGGCGGUUGCCGGCAGCGUGCUAUCCGCACGCACCUCGGGGCCGCCUCCGCGCCCCAGGAGCUCAGCUCCGGCGGUGGGCGGCUCCUUCUCCCUCGGGAGCCUCAGCCUCGCAGCGGGCUGCAGCACAGGCUUCACAAAGUUGACACAUUUUCCAGGCGGCUGCUUUGCGCCGGCCGAGAGAGUAAGAGGAAGAUCGCUUUGGGAACAUGGAGUUGCUGUGCUGCGAGGUGGAUCCCAUGAGAAGAGCUUUGCCGGACCCGAGCUUGCUCUAUGACGACCGUGUUUUGCACAACUUACUGACGAUAGAGGAGCGGUAUCUGCCCCAGUGCUCCUACUUCAAGUGCGUGCAGAAGGACAUCCAGCCCUUCAUGAGGAGGAUGGUGGCCACUUGGAUGCUGGAGGUCUGUGAAGAACAGAAGUGUGAAGAAGAAGUUUUCCCUCUGGCUAUGAAUUACUUGGACAGAUUCUUAGCUGUGGUGCCCACUCGAAAGUGCCAUCUGCAGCUACUGGGGGCAGUGUGCAUGUUCCUGGCCUCCAAGCUAAAAGAGACAAUCCCCCUCACAGCAGAGAAGCUUUGCAUAUACACGGACAAUUCCAUCAAACCCCAAGAGCUGCUGGAAUGGGAGCUCGUGGUACUGGGGAAGUUGAAGUGGAACCUUGCAGCUGUCACCCCGCAUGAUUUCAUUGAGCACAUUCUACGGAAGCUGCCUCUACCUAAAGACAAGUUGGUUUUGAUCCGAAAGCAUGCACAAACGUUCAUUGCCCUUUGUGCCACAGGCAGAAGGACAUGGAGCUCAUUAGAAAUACUGCUCCAAAUCUACAGGAUCAAUCUUGAUUUUAACUUUGCCAUGUACCCACCAUCAAUGAUAGCAACUGGAAGUGUGGGAGCAGCCAUCUGUGGCCUUCAGCUUGAUGAUGGGGACAGAUCGCUCUCUGGUGACAGCCUAACAGACUUUCUGGCCAAGAUUACAAGCACAGAUGUGGUUUCACCUGUUGUCAUGCAGAUAGCGUGAUCUGUGAAAAGCCGUCUUGCAAUCUGAAUACCUGUGUGGUUCGACUCAAUGAUCUUUAAGGUCUUUUCCAACCUAUCAGAGCUAACUCGUGACAGUAAAUGUAUUGGUGGCUUGUGGAUAUCUAUGUAAGGUAAAAUUCAUGCAAACUGUGACAAUUCCAGUCUGGACAGCUUUAUUGGUUUUAAGUACAGCAUGACCCAUUUCUGUAUGAAAGUACUAAGAGACUUCAGCCUCUUAAUAAAUUAAAUAAAGCACUAAAUAAAUACUUUUAACAAAUUUUUAUAAUUUCAGUGUAAAUGAUAACAUGUAAGAAUAUUUGGAAACAGAGUAUUGGCUCCAAGUGCUCAGGCCUUGUGUUCCAUAUGUCACCACCCUUUCUUCCCCAAGCCUGGCUGUAAGGAAGUUGCCUCAUUAAGUUCAGUAGUCUAUAGCUGCUUGUAAAAAAAUAAAGUAAAAUUCAGAAGGACAUGUUACUUUGAAAUUUCACAUCACUCUGCUUUAGAAGAAGAGAUUCUUAUGCAAAAAGAACAUUGGUAGUAUAGUAGUAUAGUUUGUUGUAGAAAUCUACAAAUGGGUGAGAACAUUGGUAGUAUAGUUUGUUGUAGAAAUCUGCAAAUGGGUGGCUCUGCUCUUUCUUCUUUUUAUAGAUCUGAUCCUGCUCAGUUUGACCAUUGACUUAAAUGCAGACAGGUUUGAAAUCUGCUCUCAAAAUACUGAUUAGGUCUCAGGCAUUUUCUCAGAAUCUGUUCAGGAAAUGUCAGCAUCUGUUCCUACAAGCAAGAAGUGUUUUCUUUGAGUAAAUGGCUGUUUCAGCCACGUAGUCUGCUGUUUGUCAGCAUAGCUUCCUCAGCUCUGUGCUCCUGAAAAAUGAUUUGAACAAACAGGUAAAUGCUUACGAUGGACUUGAAACCCACCCAAGCAGCAGGGGAUUUUCUUCAUCUGAAUUUUCAGUCGCUUUUGGCAGUAAAGUACUUUGAAAAAAGGCCAAGGAAUUUAUCCAGUUCCCAUCAUUAAAAAAAUGAUUCCAAUGCUAGGAAAUCACUGAGCUCCCAAUAGGCAAGAGCAAGACCCACCUAUGAAAAACAUUUACCUGAUUAAAUAAAAGUACAUGCUCUUACCUUAAAAAAAAACUAGAUAGGCUUCCUCCUCUUUUCACUUUUUUGUAGCUGCUGGCACAUCUUUCUCCUUACCUUCUGAGAGAAAGUGAGCCAUGCUAAAAUCUUGCUUGUUGGUCUUGUAUCGUAUCACAGAGUUCACUGUGCUAACAUUUUAUUGCAUCUUCAAAGACAUUCAACUUGUCUUCACACUGCUGAGACUUCCUGCUUGCUCUGAGCAAACUUCCCUUAAAGCUUCCCUUCUCUGCCUUCUGUAAGAGCCACACAUAAAUGUGAGUGCAAGCAGAGACAGGCAGCCCAGUCCCCUCCCUUCUGGGGGUAAGCUCUGGAAUGUUGGAUGUUAGGCAUCCCUUCCUCAAUCCCAUUUUUAUCUAAUUAAGCAAAUUCUUAAAGUGUGUGUUUGAUAACUAUGUUUUUUUUUUUUUUUUUAUUAACCUUCUGCUGACAUGGUUGCCAUGUGAGGAGUUUUGCAACAUGGAAUGCUGGGAAGGGCAGCUGGCAUUGGUGAGGAGCAGAGGCAAUGUGCAGCGGAAACUCAUGUGGGCAUGCAGCCCAGGGCUGGCACUGGGACAAACUGGUAUCCUGGCUGCAGAGCAAGGGAGGCAGUGAUCAGGUGACUGCCAGUAUAGUGAAGAGCAGGCACACUGACAUCAGCAUUUUUUAACAUUACUGGGUACUGCUUUUUUAAUGAGUUGUCAUUUCCUUAGUUGUCAUAUACUGAGAAUCUCCACAUCUCUGAAUUAAUUUGACAUUUUGGAUUCUCUAUGAUUCUCGGCUCCACAGUUAUCCACUGGGUGACAGUGACACUGGUUGUGAUUGGCUGUGGCAGUGCAGUUAUUGUGCAUGUGCAGUACCUCUGAUCUUCCAAGAGCAUCGUAUCUGAGCACUGGGAUGAGGUACAGGUGUGACAUAAAUCAGGGCAUGACCCAGAGACAAAUACAAAGAGGGUGAUCUCUGGAACACAGCUAAUGCAGGAGUACUUCCAGUGCUUAGAUGAUGACUAGCACAAGCAAGAGCAACUGCUGUGCUCUGUGAGAUCAACCUACAACGAGACGCCUGAAUUCAGUGUUCAUUGCUGACCGGACAAUUUUAAAUAAACUCUCCUUGUUCCAACUUCCCAGCUUUGGCAUCAUGUUACAUUGUAUUCUGAUCCUUUGUCAGUGAUAUGGUGGAUUUUUACUAUAAUCUGGAUAAUUCCAGAGGUUGGAAAUACAAGGUGCUUGUAGGGAAUUCAUUGCAUCCCUGUGGAUUACCUGCAAAAUGCUCUCUUCAGAAUAGGAGAGUAAUAACUUUUGCCUUCCUCCAAAGCACAGAUCUUUUCAGUCUUCAGGUUUCUGAAUGAAGUUCAUGAAACUUGCUAACACCUGUAUUAGAGUAGCAAGAUUUUUGAGACUGUGUUGCCAGACUCCUGCUGUCCAACAUCUGGGCUCCUGUUUGGCUUUGAUGUCCUCUAGACUGAGGAGGCAACAACUGUUACAGGUGUGCUCACAAGUAUCUGCUUCAUUGUUUCAUGCUACAAGAGGUGAGCACCAAGCCUUCCAUAAGCUACUCUGAGCAUAGGGAAGUGAUGGAGCUAAAAACACACCAUGAUUGAAAAUUUUUGUUAAAGGAUGGCUAAUUUUAGUAAAAUUACCUGCUUUCCUUCAUCUCAGAAACAACAUCUCUUUUGUUAUGGUUUCUCACCUUUAAUAAAAUUAUCAGCCUGAGGCAAAGAAUGAAGCAUGGAGAAGUUUAGCUCCAGUGACCGAAACUUAGGAAAAGUUGUUAGUAGAAGUAUUGUUUAUUGUGGAGCUUUAUUGGGGUAGAUAGAGUAUGCCUGCAAAACAGUGAACUUGACCACUAGUCAGAUUUUUCAUAAGCAGUCCCACAGUUGCCUGCUUUCAAGACAAAUGGAACACAGGGAAGGCUUGGUCUGUCUACGUGCAUGUACUGUGAUAGCAGAGGUUUUUAGACUCAUUAUGCUCUGUUUCACCAUGGUGUUACUCGCUAUAAUUAUUUUUCCUGAAGGAACAAACUUGUGGGUUCUGAUUACAUGGAGGUAUCCCAGAUGCUCAGAUUCAAAACACCUGUUUCUAGUUGUUGGCUUUAGUUGGUGUGAUCCACAUCGCUGAAUAUUUUUGUCUUCGAUACAGCCAGCAUCCCAUCAACCCAUUUUUCCUGGGCUAAUUCGGAAAGCCAUUUUUCACAUUCUCUCUUUGGCAGAUGAGUCUUCAAAUAGAGGUCAUUAUAGGACAGCUUCACAAAAAAGAGAGGACGUGAUUUUACAGCUAGCAGUUGUUGACUAGUACCCAAGAAAAAUGGAUGUUUGUGACACAGCAAAGCUAACUGCAUGCAUCAUAAAUGUAAAUGCCAUUAGCGGAACAAAUGCUUUGCAUUUGGUGUGUUUUUGCAAGUCUGACCAGGAUGCCAAACUGUGUACAUUAGUAUUUCAAACUCACCUGAAUAACUUGAUACUGUAUGGAGAAAGUGGAUGUUUCUAGUCAGUCUUGCUCUCCAGAGUUGCAUUUGCAUUCUGUAUUCUGUUUCUGGGUUGACAUAGUGCCUGCGAUCUGCCUGUGUGAGAUCAGUGCCAGUAUUGACAGUGUCUCAGUCCCAGCACAUUACACACUAGUGGCACUGUGUUCAUAUAGUUGUGGCCCAAGUUUUAUUUCUUAGUUUCUUCUAUAACUAAGAGUUCAUCUACCUUUUCUCACAUUCUUUUUUUUCAGUAACCACAUUAUUUGACCAUCCAACACACUAUCAAGGACGUGGAAUGUGUGGUAAUACUUUAACAGUCUUGUUUUUUGUCACUGUCUUGGUUUAAGUGCGAUGAGUCCUUCCUAUUUAUUUGUUCAUAUUGUGUGAGGGUUGCAGGAGGUGUAAUAUACAGAGCUUCCAGAUUUGUUUUGCUACACUGUAUGCUGCUCUUUCUGCUAAGUUAUGUUGUAUAAUUUGUAGUAUAGUGGUCUCAGAGGUUUGGUUAUGCAUUUUUGGCUCAUAACUUUUUUUCGUAGCUGUCUUUUCUUCAGCAUUCUCUGAAACAAUGAUCAGUGACUGUUGGUGCUGUUAAAAUACUCCAAUUUUGCAGGUAAAGAUGUGGAGAGGGUACCCUACACCUCUUCCUCCAGUGCUGCUGAAAUCCCUUCUGUGGAAUGUGCUCAGAGAACAGUGCUGCUGGCGUACUCGGGGCUGUAUAAUUAGUUCCCUUGUUGUGAACAAUGCUUUAUCUCCCUCCACAGUGCCCAGCUACGAAACAGCAUGAUUUUUUCUGGGUUUAAAGUUUGAGUGUGUUAUUCAGAGUUUGGGAUUCUUGUUUGGAGACUUAACUCAGAGUUGGUUCUUCCUUCUUCAAUAAAGACUUUUUAAAAGAAAAAUCAAGAACGGUAUGAGUCAAUAGCUUGUGCCACUCCGUGUCAUGGUGUGCAAUUUGGAAGCUGUACUGUUCAAAUUCUGAUGUUUCUUUUGUUCUGGAUCUUUCUUUCUUGCUUGAAUUUUCACACCUUUCUUUUGCCUUUGUCUUGAGGUGCCAAACACAUGACCCACACAGUGACAGGGCACUGCACAUUUUUGGGAACCUCAAAACCCUUCACUUUUAUGUGGUGAAUUGAGUUGGUGCAAAACUCACUUGCCUCUGUGUUUUGUUGGUAUAGCACAAGUUGGUAAUGUCAGGAGAAAAACCUCAGUAUUUUUUAAGUGAAAAACUGCUCAAAUCACUGAACUUUGCAUAUGAAAGUACAGAUAUACCUUACUUCUCAUUUUUUACAGGAGCACUGAGAAGCACUUUGAGUUCUUAUUCAAGACAACACAAAUGAGCAAGGGCAGGUAAAAUGUUAAGAUCUGGAAAUUCUAAUGAAUGUAGAGUUAGUGUUGUACAGCUUAGAUGUGUUUAACCUGUGCACCUAGACAGUAAUAAUGCAGCUCCACAAGAUCAUAAACUUAUAACGUUAUUAUUUUAGAGAUAUUUUUUAUGAGUCAGUUGCACACAGCUUUACCAUGGGCUGCGUAGAAGAUGAAAAUGCUGUGGAGAGUGCAAUGCAAUGCCAACUCUGCCUCUCACACCCACCAUAGUGUGCACAGUUGAAUCGAAGCCUGUGUGUAUUACACAUUACAUAUGCUUGUGCCAGUUGACAAGUAAAAUACAGCAAUUAUCAAUAACAGUAUUUCAAAUUACCUACACAUGCAUGUGUGCCUGUGAGGACAUGCUAUACAAUCAGUAAGCGUACAGAGGUUAGGCUAAGUAGGAUUAUCACAGUGGAAAGACAAUAAAUGAAAAAUGCUCACCAAUGUUGUAGGCUCACAAUAAACUCCACAAGGAGCAAUCUCCAGAAAGAGAUCCUUCCUCAGUGAUAGUCGGUACUUAAAUGGGAUCUAAGAGAGGUGGAGCCAGGCUCCACCCCUUCCAGUACCACAAGUGAAUUGCCUUUACCUGUGCUCCUGUGGCUGACUCACUGCUUGCCUCAGGUGGCCAAUCAGAGGUUCAGGCCACGAUCAACAGUUCCCACGGACAUGCAUUUUUUGUUAUUAAACAGAUGUGGUUGUUUUAUUAUUUAAUUAUUAAAAUUGGCUUUGUGUGAUUUUGAAAAAUAAUAAGGUAACACAUUAAUUGCAGAAGAAAUAUCCGGAACACUUGUGUAUGUCACAGUUUUAGCUGAGGCAGUGUUAAGAAAGCAUCAAUGUUUUGGUUGUUCCUGAGUGACUGGAGUGUACCCAGGGCUGGGCUGCUUGGUGGAAGAGCUGCUACCAUUAUGGCAUGGCAGCGGAUGGAGUGAAGCCAGGAUGGCUGGCUUGAAUUAGGAAAGGGUUUAGUGCAUACAGCCAUGCAGAAGGCUGUAAAGUUGUGUGGAGUUGACUGAGGGCAGCUGCUGCAUGGGAAUUGGUUGGGUGUUGGUCAGGAGCUGGUGAGACACUGUGUUAAUAAUUGGGCUGUUGGUCAGCAAACAGUUGUAUUGUUAGGUGGGUGCUGGUCAUCAGAUGUUUUAAUAAAAAAUGUGAAAAAAAAUACAAGACAUUUUGUUACUUUUAUAUAACUAUAUUACAUAUUUUAUUUACAGCCCAAGACAAUUCCUGUGCACUGAGUGUGGUCCAUGCGAGCUAAAAGGUUGGACACCCAUGAUUUAAUCCAGGGGAGUUUGUAAAUAGUGCUAAUCUCUGAGAAUUCAAGGUUAUUUUCUGCUGCAGCAGAUACGCGUUUCCUGCUCUUCAAACUUUACAAGUUCAGUAUGGAAAAUAUAUAUCUAACGCACAGAUCAAUUUGCUUUUUAUC